AUAAUAAAAAUGGCCUCAACCUCUGCAGCAUCUCCAUCUACAAUCAUUGUUGUAGGAAGCUCAGUCACCGGUUCCAAAUCAAGGAACAACAGGAAGGGUCAUAAUGUGAAGUUCAUCACAGCACUCAAUUCUUUUAACGGAUUGCAAGCUCAGCACAGCACUGUGGCAUCACUAGGAGUUCCUGUUUCCAGUGAACUAGCUUUUGCAAAAGUGAGGAGUUCAAUAUAUAACGGAGGAAGAAGAAAUGGUAAAGGUGGUGGUGCGCUUGCUUCAAAAUGCAAUGCUGCAGCUUUCUUCCUUUUAGAAGUUCUAUGCAACAGACGGGCAUUGUCAUCAGCCGAGUCAUCAAUAACUUCUUCAUCAGUCUGUAUGGUGUGCCUCCUACUCUUAGGAAUUUUUCGCGGCGGCUUCUGAAAGUGAUCCUCCU